CCAAGUCUUUGGACGUACGAAUCAUCGGAAGCUUCUUUACCUUCUGAUAUUGCUCCCCCUUCACUCUCAGCACAACUCUCAUUUCUCACACCCAACACUGAUGGAUCUCCUGCAAGCCAAGCAUCACUAGUGUUUGAUCUCGUCCGAUCUUUGGUGGGAAAACUCUGAUUUGGGAGCUUUGAUCUCUGGUCUCAACAAAGCUCUCAUCACCCACAAGCUCAUCUGCAUGCAUGCAUGUGGCAGAGGCAUUCCUUAUCUUACUUGUCCGAGAAGGAAAAUUUAAUGCAAUGUUGGUGGGACCUGUGUCAAGCCCAUUGACAUUGCAGUGCACGCCCGCAAGGUUUUCAUGACAAGGGACAUUUCUAUGUUUACAGGCUCCUUGAUGAAGGAAGAAGAAAAAGAAGGGGGGGACGGGUGAUUCAAUGGGUCAAAUUCUCUCCGUUAUUAUUCGCUGGUUGUGGGGUGAAAAAGAUGAUAAAAAGAAGCCAAGUGAAAAACUACCCCUGAUUUCUCUGCCGAGAUUUGCCUCAGACACCAAUUCUUCAAGCUCAAGGCCUGCGUUGCCACCGAAUCCAUUUACUUCUCCACCGAGCUUAGAAUCAUGUAGGGACUACGCAUUGCAGACAAAUCUACGGACUCAUCCUCCGCCUCCAGUGAGCUCUAGCUCUAACUCUAGCUCUAGCCCAUUCACCCACUCCAAAACAAGUAGUGCAUCACGUCUUCAGCCAACACUACAGACUUAUCAUCAACUAAACUCGAGCUCAUGUGGCUUCUCUAUCGCGACUGUAUCAUCCCCUGUCCAGCCAAAACUAGAGACUCACCAACAACUGAGUUCUAACUCAUGCAGCCAAUCCAGCACAACCCAUUUUUACCCAAAACUAGUGCAGACUCAUCAGCCACUCAACUUGAGCUCAUGUGGCCUCUCCAGCACGACUGUAUCAUCCCCUGUCCAACCAAAACUAGAGACUCACCAACAGCUAAGUUCUAGCUCAUGCAGCCAAUCCAGCACAACCCAUUUUUACCCAAAACCAGUGCAGACUCCUCAGCCACUCAGCUCCAACUCGUGUGGCCUAUCCAGGCCAAGUGGUACUUCUCAUGCUCUGCCAAAGAUACAGACUCAUCCUUCACUACUCUCUAGCUCCUGCAGCCACUCUAGCGUGAGUGGUGCAUCCCAUUUCCAGCCAAAUCCAGUGACUCUUCCACUGAGCUCUGUCCCAAGCAGCAACUCAGGCAUCAGUGGUGCAUCGCAGCGAAACUCUCUGGGUUUUCCACUGAGCUUGGACUCACGCAGCAAUUCCAGGUCUGAUGAUGCAUUGGAUCUGUUAAUUCCUGCAAAAUUUAAAGUCCAAGUUGUAGGUGAUGAGAAGCAAGUUUCUGCACGGCUCCACCAUUACGACAUAAUUGAAGAAAACGAAGAACGAACCAGAGGAGCGGUAGGAAAAAAUUGGUGGGACUACAGCAGCUGUGAAGAAGACCUAGAGGAAGGAAAGCAUGGAGUAAGAUGGAUAAAGCACUACAGCAGUGAAUACAAAAUAUUGCUGGUGGGUGAAGGGGACUUUUCAUUCUCUGCGUCUUUGGCUGUGGCUUUUGCUUCUGCUACAAACAUAACCGCUACUUCUCUUGAUUCUAUAGAGUUUUUGAGCACAAACUAUAGGCAUGCCUUGUCCAACAUCGAUACACUAUGGAGCUUGGGAGCUAAGGUCAUGCAUGAUGUUGAUGCCACCAAAAUGGCACACGUUUUACCAUUCAACUGCAUGCGUUUUGAUCGAGUUGUCUACAACUUCCCGCUGGCUGGAUUUUUUCCCAAUGAAUCAAGGGAAGAUGAGAUCCGGAGAAAUCAAAUGCUGGUACAGCUGUUUUUAGAAAAUGCUAAGAAGAUGAUUCACAUAGAUGGAGAAAUCCACAUUACUCACAAAAGCAAUGGCUUCUUUCGUGAGUGGAAUUUGGAAUUUCUAGCCUCAAGAGUUGGGCUUCGACUUAUAGAAGAAGUGCCCUUUAAUUUUAGGGACUACCCAGGGUACCGCACCAAGUAUGGCUUUGGGGGUGACAAUAACUUCAACUGCAAUCCCAGCAGAACUUACAAAUUUGGGCAUAAACGUUGAAUUAACACAAUAAAUGUUGGUGUGGAAUGAAUAUGUGUGGAUGUGAUCUAUGGAGGAAAUCUUUGAGGAUGGAAAGGUUUGUACAUAGAAAAGGAAAAAAGGGUGAAUUCUAAUGAUAUUUCAGGGCAACUGUAUGAUAGGCAUUGUACCGUACAAAGUUAAAUAAGGUCCUUGCUUUUCUA